CCUCAUUUAAUUGCUCCAAACCCUCUCAAUUAAUCUCCCCAGAGAGCAAGAAUCCCCCAAGCAGCCAAACCCUAACUAGGGGCCGCAAAUUCCCAAACCAAAAUUCCCCUCCCAGUUUUUUUUGCCCAACAACCGCCGCCCUGAUCUUGUUCCCAGCCCCGCGCGAGGCGAAAGAAAAAGAGGAAGAAAGAAGAAAGUGGCGCUCGCAGCCGAUCCCGAUUCCAAUUCGAAUCCCAUCCCUUUCGUGUUUCUAGGUAAGGAUCACGAAACCCUUCGCGAUUUCUAAACUCGAUUUAUCGAUGUCUAAUCCGAAGCUCGUAUUUUAUUAGCGGUGACGUUUCAGGGUUCGAUCAACGGGGAGAUCAACGUCCCAGGUCAUCCAACUAGGCCUAGGCACGUUCUAGAGGUAAGGGAACUUGAUCCCUUUGAGUUAGAUCGAUCAAUUUGGUAAUUUUUCAUAAGGAUGCACUUCUGGGUUUUAGCAACAGGCUUUUAGUGACAGAUUUUGAUUGGUCACUAAAGCUGCUGGGAAUUUCUAGAAACGUAUUUUUGGAUGUUUUAAUUGUUUCAAGUCUCUGUGGGUGACAAUUUUAUAAAUUGAGGGACGUCUAGGAAAUGACUGUAAUUUAAUUUGAUGAUUUUUGAAGAUGUAUUUUUAUUUUUAGAAAUUUUUUUAAUAUUCGUUUUAAUUAAAUAAAAAUCUUUCCGAUGGGUUUUUAAGGGUUUGAUAAUUUUCCAGGGUAUAGGUGCUCAUGGCUGACAUGGGAAGAUUAUUUUCCAAAAUUAUAAGAAGGUUCAAGUUAGGUGAAAAAUUCGUCCAAGAUAAAAAUAAUUAAAAAAAAUGGUCGUUUUUGAAUGGAUAAAUUCUAGAAAAUUCUUCAUCAAAAAAAAAAAAUUCUAGAAAAUUUUAAUGAGGUUAGAGGACCUUUGGAAUGAGGUUCAAGGACUGGAGUUUGAGGAGAGCAUGUUCUAGUGAUUCAAAAGGGGUUUUUAAUCAAGAAAGGUCGUCUAAGAAAAUGGAUUCUCGUUAAUAGGUUUUCCCAAGAUAAUCCGGCUAAGGAGGGGUUUCUUCGAGGAAGGAGUUGAGGAGUCAUCUUUUCAAGGUGAGUGUAAAAGGGGUAAAAUCUCUGUCGUAGGUCUUUUAGUUUCUGCUUUUCGUUCAAGUUAUUAAUUAGUUAAUUUUUUAGUAAUGCACGAUAUGUGUGUGAGGCAUCCCAACGCCUGUAAGGGUGGAGGCACGCGUGGUGCUAUGUAUGAAUGUAUGUAUGUUUAUAUGGUUGAUGGUAUGAGGAACCCCCGGGCGGUUGGGCCACUACUAGACGCGGUAGAUGGUCGGAUCACUGCUGGACGGCGAGACGUAACGCAGCAGUUGAUCGAGUAUGUUGGGUCACUACUGGACGGCGAGACGUAACGCAGUAGUUGACGGGCAUGGACUGGACGGCGAGACGUAACGCAGUGCCAUUGCCGAGUUUGGGUAUGCAACCGGACGGCGAGACGUAACGCGAUUGGCAUACUAGGGUAGGACACAGGACGGCGAGGGGUAACGCGGUGGUCCUAGAGCUUUGGGUAUAGAUAAGGAUAGAGGUCGAGAACUUCUGUGAGUUAAUGUUGAAUGAGUUGAUAAGAAUGGUUAUUUAAGAGCAGAAAGCGAGAACGGCUUUCAUUCUAGGAAGGCAUUCCCCUAAUAAUGUGUUUAGUAAGGAGUUUGCCUAGGGCAAAGACCUUAGGAAAUAACGACGAGACUGACCCCUUCUCACUCACCAGGUUGAGGAUAGUCUAACAGACGUUGAUCACGAGAAGAAGCAGGGAGAGGCGAGCAGCAGUACCAGCGUCGACGGGAUAUCAGAAAGCUCGUGAGGAGUUAAGUUAGAUUAGUUAAUUUUGUUUCUAUUUCAUGGUUAUUAGUAUAAACUGGAGAUUUUGUGUUAAGUCGUUUUAAGUGUUUGAGAUUGAGAAUUUUUCCCAACUGUUGGGGCAUUUGUUAAAAAUUCUUAAAUAAUGUCAGUUUGUUUAUUUUAAAAUGUGGUUUGGGUUGCUCCGGAGUAACCGGUUUUUGGUUUGAGUUGUGGUUUAGUUUUUGAUAAGAGACGGGACGUGUCAUUUUGUUAUCAGAGCCGACACUCCUCUGUUCCUUGGCCUCCAAGGAAUACUGGAGUGACGAUCUGCGUUUUUCGAGGUUUCAGUUUUUAAAAGGAAAAAGUGAGUGUCAGUUAAAAGUUUGGCUAAACGAGUCAGAGUCUUUGGGAAAUUUUUAUAAUCUCUAGUACACUCUAAUCAUGAUAAGGAAAUAACUUUAGGAUGCCCCAUGGGAUUAUGAUACGUCUUGGGAAGGAGAAGGAGCAAGUUCCUAGAGGGAUCGUUUAGUGAAACCCCUUCAUGAGUGAGAAGAGGAGGGUUAAGGGAGUUCAUAUUCUACGGGGAUGUGAGCUGAUCAGAAUAAGGUUCUGGAAGGAGCCAAGUAGUUAGUACAUCGACUGGUAGAGCCAAUGAGUAAUGGCAAAUGUCGUCAUAAUCGAGAGGAAAGGGUGCAAGGAAGGGUCGUGGAGUUCAGGAGAAUUGAACAUAGGGCUACAACCCCAAGGAGCAGCUGAAAGUUAGACUUUGAAAAAUACUAGGGCCACCUAAGCCACCAAAGCAAGAACUAAGUAUAUCAUAGGGAGCAUACCAAGAUGUCAUGGGAUCAAUACAUCAAGGCUAGAAGGAGGUACAACUCCUUGCAAAGAGAUUAUCACAAGUGAAACUUGGAGUCGUCACAACGAACAAAUUUCAAGGUCGAAAUUUUUUUUAAGGAGGGUGGAAAUGUGAUGUCUCGAUUUUGGAUUUAGGUUCAACAUCAACUACCAGGAGAAUUGGAUCAACAUGACAAGCCGAAUUGGCAUUUUGUUUCACCAUGUUUGGAUCAAGCUGGGAAGUAAAAAGGGUAGUGAGACACUUAUGAUUACACGAGUGCUGCAAGCUAAGGAAACUAAUUUGAGCAAAAGGUACCAACGAAGUUGUUAUAGUAAGAAUAGAUGAUUGUGGGAAGGAAGAAAAAGAAGGGUGUUGAUGGAAGGACGAGUUCCGAGCAAAUUUCGGGGACGAAAUUUUUGUAAGGGUAGAGGAAAUGUAACACCCCGAUAAUUAAGAUUUAGGUUCGAC